UUUAUAUGAUUUUCCAGGGACUGUGCAAAAAGCGAUACGAUGCUUCACUUACUGCCACCUAAUUCCGAAUAUCUUGGACCAGGCAUCUGAGGUUGGAAUAGCAGAAAAUUGCGGGGAUGAGUGUGGCACACAUUUCUGCACAUUGGAGGAAGAACAAGAAAUCACCAUAGCAUGAGCAUGUCUGGAUGGCUUACGUUUAAUCUUCUGGGUUUACAAGACAUGAUGGAAUUCUGCAGGGGCAUUUUAAAAACCAUCGCUUUUUAGCUCUCCUCAGAGCCCACCCUGCAUGCCUGGUGCUAACACUUAAUUACAGCCAAGAGAAUCUGAGCAAUCCAGCGCUCCCUCCUCACCCCAGCAAGCGUCAAGCAAAAUCAAUAGCCCCGUGCUGGCAGCACGAAGCUGUUGUCGCCUCCUUCAUCCCCUCCGCGCAUCUGCAAUUGCUUUUAUUACUGCAGUUCAUUUAACGAGACCGGAGUGUUUGGAGCCAGAUGGUGAUGUUCCUUCAAUCUGGAAGAGUCUAAUGGAAUUGAGUUCAAACCAGGUUAAAAUUAAUGGAAUUACACAUUUUAGUGGUCAUUUUCUCUUAGCAGCACGCUCUGGGUACUUGUUAUACAGCAGAAGUUAGUGCCAGCUUCAAAUGAAGGACCUGAAAGACAAUUCAGUGAGACCUGGUGUAUUCAUACACUCCCUCAUUCAACACAUACUUCAUUAUGCUCUGUGUCACAGCCACGGCCAUUGUGGUUUCAGAAUCAUGGUCCCUGUCAUGCACCGGGGGUGGCAGGCAGAGCUAAGCAGGCAGGCAAAAUCACUCUGCGUGUGCGCGGUCUCUAGGGCGGGAGGAAACUGGCAUCCAGAGUCGAGGGUGCAGGAAUUUGAGGGCCAGGUAAGGAAUAAAUACACAACUGCUUUAAAUUCACCAUUUUGUUGGGUCUACAGUUCUGUCCCCUCCCCCAAAGAAUGAAAUGCAAAGAGAGAAAAGAGUCACCGUGCAUGGAGACCCGAGCUUCUCUGGAUGUCUCCUGCUGUGGGCUAAAGUCCCAUGGAAAGGUCCAAACUUCAAAAGUGGCCUCAGCCUGGACCUUUUCCACAGGAAAAGUCAGCAGUAAAUAUUGACACCAGAAUCAAUCAUCGCUGUUGAAGUUCCGGACUGCUCCAGCCAGCCAGGGCAGCCAGGUCGCAGGUGACAAGGAUAAGACAGCCGCCCUCAGAAAGAACUGUCAUCCUGAAGCUGUGGAGAGGCGUCUCCUGGGCCCUGGGUCACAGUUCUCAGGAUGAAGUGGGCAACGCUGCAGACGCUCGUUAUGUUGGUGCUGGGAAUGUGCUACCGGUGUGCCUUAGGUUUCCCGGUGUACGACUUCGACCCUUCCUCCCUGCAGGAAGCCCUCAAGGCCUCAGUGGCAAAGGUGAACUCUCAAUCUCUGAGUCCUUACCUGUUUCAGGAGACCCGGAGCUCCCUGAAAAGAGUCAAUGUCCUGGAUGAAGACACCUUGGUCAUGAACUUGGAGUUCAGUGUUCAGGAAACUACAUGCCUGAGAGACUCUGGUGAUCCCUCCUCCUGUACAUUCCGAAGGGGCUACUAUGUGCCAAGAGCUGCUUGCAGGAGCACCGUGCAGAUGUCCAAGGGACAGGUGCAGGAUGUGUGGGCUCACUGCCGCUGGGCCUCCGCAUCUGAUUCCAACAGCAGCGAGGAGAUGACUUUUGGGGACAUGGCAAGAUCCUACAGACGGAGAAAUGAUUAUCUGCUUGGUUUUCUUUCUGAUGAGUCCAGAAGCGAACGAUUCCAGGACCGGUCACUCGAGACGGUGAGAAGGGGACAUCCUCUUGCAUAUAGAAGGUUCCAGAACCUCCAUCACAGAGCAAGAAUAAAUUCUGGCUUCGAGUGACAUCCUGGAGAAUCCGUGACAGGAAGAGAAGCAGAAGCAGCCAUGAAGAAAGGCGUGUGGCAAAUUGUG